GUCUGCUUCUUUGUAAUUGCGAAAUGUAUCGAUUUCUGAGUGAAAAUCGUUUACCUUUUUUAAAGAAGUGAAGUUUGCAUAUGAAAUCAUGUUUAAUGCAUGAAAAAUUUGCAUACCAGAUCUGACCAGGGGCUCAUAGAUUGAGGACCCUUAGCAGUGCUUUAUUCUGGUGACCUAAUGCAGAGCUUUUGGUUUUAUGUAUUCAGUGACUCAUGCUUUAAGAAGAAAUAUUGCAGUGGAAUAAAUCUGGACAGAAUGACAUCAGAGUAAUUAAGCCCGUUUGCGUUGGAAUUCCACUUCCAAUUCCUGCGCUCAGGUUUGCGCGCAACUUCAGCACCUGCAGGUUUGUGUGUGUGUGUGUGUGUGUGCUGUUUUCACUGGACCGCGUUCAAACUCGGAGAAAGUAAGAGAGAGUGAGCGAGAGAGCGCAUUACGCCAUCCUUCCCUCUUGGAAAAAGUGGGAUUUUAAACAAGUCCCUUACAAGAUAUCAAGCAGAACCGCUGGAUUUCACCGAGAGACACUGCGCUUUUGUACCUACUCCUGGAUCUCCACUCCGACAGAGAGCUGGAUCACUAUGGUUCUGAAGAGAGGGGCUCAUGGCAAUGAUUUGCGCAGAAUAAUCGAUCAGACGUUUCCAAAGCUUCAUUUUUACCUCUCCAGACCCGUUCAUGGUAGAGCCGUCGGUCAUUUCUCCAUCACCGAAACUCAGAGGAAGAUCAGAGGAUGAAAGUUCUGACUAGUCUCCCUCUUUUAUUGGGCUUCUGGACUCUGUUAUACCUGGACUUCAUCCCGCAGGCGCUCUCCAUCACCGGAGUGGCCGGUCACAGGGGCACCGGGGCGGCCAAAGCCAAUCCACGGUUACCGGUGGCGCGCAACGGCACGACUCUCGUUAAGCCCUCAGACAACGCCAAGAUCUCUCGCAUCCGCGCUGGUCCACCUCUGAUCAAGGCCGAGGGUAACCCGGCUCGCGCUGCGGUCCCUGUGAGUUUGGGGCGCAGGGAGGCCGCGCGCUCUUGGGUACCCAAGGAUGCGGCGAGAGUCGCAUCCUCUUCCAGCAUCCAGCACCAAGUGGGACACAAUAAAGGAGUUUCUGCGCAGAAAUCCCCUGCGCCGGCUGCGAUCAGGGCUGGUCAGAACAGUGCUGGAGUGAGGAAAAGCAUCCCACCGUCACCUGCGCAUCUGAGAGCGGAGAAGCACAAGGACACCGAGGAACCCAAACACAAUUCAGUGACACCCCAUGACUACAUGCUGUCCCUGUACUGGUCACUGACCAGCGGGGAGGUCAAUACUAGUGUCCUGCACGAGGCUGGGAUGGCCAAUACCAUCACCAGCUUGGUGGAUAAAGGACAAGAUGACCGUGGGCCCCUCCUGAGGCGUCAGCGGUACCUCUUCAACAUCAGCUCAAUGGAGAAGGAGGGUCUGUUAGGCUUAGAGUUGCGCAUCCUCCGAAAGAAGCACAUGGACUUUCGUAAGGCCACGUUUACUGGGGGCACGACAGCUUUGAGACUGUACACCUGUGCCUCAGGUAAGCACACACCCACCCUGCUGAUGACCCAAAAAAUCAACCCUCAUAGCGUACCAUCCUGGGAAGUGUUUAACAUCUGGAAAGAUUUCGAGAACUUCAGAAACGCUCCUCAGCUUUGCUUAGAACUGGAAGCAGUCAAUCAAGGCCGACCACUUGACUUGCGAUUACUCGGCCUGGGUCGGGCAGGAAGGCAAGAUCAGGAAAAAGCCUUCCUUGUGGUGUUUGACCGUACGAAAAAGCAAGGGCUCUUUUACAAUGAGAUCAAAGCCCGUUCAGGUCAUGACAACAAGACCAUCUACGAGUACCUCGUCACCCAGCGGCGGAUGCGUCGGGCACCGCUGCCACGUGUGAAAAAACCACCCAAGAACCCCAAACAGAGGUGCAACCGCAAGCAGUUGCACGUCAACUUCAAGGAAAUGGGCUGGGACGACUGGAUCAUCGCCCCUCUGGAGUACGAGGCCUUCCACUGCGACGGCCUCUGCGACUUUCCCAUCCGCUCGCAUUUGGAGCCUACCAAUCACGCCAUCAUCCAGACUCUCAUGAACUCCAUGGAUCCCAAAUCCACCCCACCGACCUGCUGCGUCCCGACCAGACUCAGCCCCAUCAGUAUUCUGUACAUUGACUCGGCUAAUAAUGUGGUGUACAAGCAAUACGAGGACAUGGUGGUGGAGAGCUGUGGUUGCAGGUAGCGAGUUAUCCUGAAGACUUUCAAAGAACAACCAGAAGAGAUACAUACUGGGUCUUCAUGACUUCCAGACUUCCUCUGUCAAGAGUUAUUUGACCAAAACUUUUCCUCUUUGUCAACUAAUCCUUUUUUUUUUUUUUUUUUUUAUAAAAAUUUGCUUAUACACUUGCAUUCAAAAUGAAACAGGGUUGUGCACCAUUCAGAAUGAACUCUUCAAUUUGAAUCGAGGAAGCAAACAGAAUAGCAAUUUGUGAAUGUGAAUGUAAGGAAGAAAGCCCUUGUUUAUACAUUUUAAAAACAUUCUAAAACACAAUCCAAUGCAAAAUCUAAAAUACAGGAAAAAUACCUGUAAAAGAAAGAAAACAAAAACUAAAAACCCAAUAUAGAAACUUUCGUCAUUUUAAUACAGUACAUUGUGGCCUAAUUUAUGGAUUUAUUUAAACAGUAAAAUUAACUGGAAAUGAAAAUGUUAUGUUAAAAAAAUUAUAUUGCAAUAACAACAGUCAUUUUACGAAAAAAAAUUGUUUUAUACUUUUCAUAAUUAUCAAAACCAUAUUUAUAUAAAGAAAUAUGUAACUUGUGACUAGAUAGAUAGAUA